AAAAAUUGUAUGUUUUUGUUAGGGGUUAGGCUUAGGAAUUUCUGUGGAUGACUCACGGUUUUAAUUGUGAAUAACAAAUACAAAGUUGUGCAAUUAAUUAACCAAUAUUACAAUUUAAAAAAAAGUCGCUUCCUCUAUGAUAAAAGGGAUGAUAAAUUAGAGAAAUUUAAUAUCUAACUUUUACCAAAAGCACUAAGAUCUUUAACCUUGUAUCAUGGCAGAGAGUAAUGACAGUGAAAAUCAAGCAUUAGCCGCAGAGGUUCAACAGCCAGAAGAAGACAUGGACUCCUUGCUGGAUAGUGCCCUUGAUGACUUUUCUAAAGUAUCUCUGGAAACAUCUACGCCCGCAGUCAAGCCAGAAGAAACUGCGGUGUCCCAGGAAGCAGAAACGGAAAGUAUGUGGGCCAACAUGUUGAAAGAAGCAAUGCAGGCCGACCCGAGCAUGAAGGAGAUGUUUGGAGAAGGUGGUCCAACUGAGAACGACUUUUUCCAAGAUUUUUCAAAAAUCGCCGAGGCGGCAGUUAAAGCGAUUGAAGGUGACUCAUCCAGCAACUUUGCAGACAUAGUAUCAGAAACUCUGAAAAGCCUUCAAGACAACAGUGAAUUAUCAAGGAACCAGUUUGGUGACCCAGAGCAGAUGGCGAGCCUGUUUCAAGACAUGGGGUUGAACAGUGAAGCGCUGGGCCAGGAUGGUAGUGUAGAGGACAUUCCACCCUUCCUGCAGAACAUCAUGCAACAGUUCCUAUCUAAAGAUGUCCUCUAUCCUUCCAUCAAAGACUUUGUUGACAGGUAUCCUGCCUGGCUAGAAGCCAACAAGGAGUCAUUGACACAGGCACAGUUUGAUAAUUACACAAAGCAGCUGGAACUGAUGAAGAAAGUGGUGGAGGAGUUUGAGGCGGAAUCUGAGGAAGACAGUGCGGAAGUGAAGAAACAGAGGUUUCAGAGAAUCAUGGGACUGCUGCAACAGAUGCAGGGCUUAGGGCAGCCACCCAUGGAGCUCAUACAGGGAGAUAGCGACAGUCCUCUAGAUGAGACAAACCUACCUAGUUUACCUCCAGGACUGGAUCCUCAACAAUGCUGCCUCAUGUAGCUUACAUGAGCAUCUAGCCUAGUCUACAACUUAUUUUCACUAAAAACCAAAACAAUAUAAUUUAACUGUAUUGAUUUAUAGUAUUUUCAAGCUCAAACUUGCUAGACAAAGUUUAUGGCUAUUUAGCAUGUGCUCUUUUGUGCAAUUCUUUGAGAUUUGCCAAUAUGUUAAGAACGAACAGCAAGACGAAAUGUGGAUUUUUAUAAGCAUUUUGUACAACAUUUCUUACCAAAGUGUGAUAACAAAAAAUAAAUAUUUGUUUUUGAUUGUU